AUGGCUGUGAGUGAUGGCCUCGAAGUUGGAAGUCAGUGGGAUGAUGCAGUCAACGAUGAUGUCCCAGCAGACCGGCCAACGCGGUUUGCCAACGAUGCACCUGCUUGGCCAGUGAAAUCUGAGAAACUUAUUUCACCAGCGAGCUCCCUGGCAGAGGAUCGGCGCUUCAAGAAGAUGGAAGAAUUAGAGCACAUCGCCAGUUAUAUUUUCGAGAUGGAAGUGGUUGACAAAGAUCUGCUCCGAGCCACCUUGCCCUCAAGUGCCUUGCGCUGCUUCGGAAAAAUCUUUCAGAAGGACCUCAAAGGCGACUUCUAUCACAUGAGCUUCCCUACGCAGACGAUCCAUUGCUUUUGGAGCCAUUCAUGGCACGGAACGGCCUGGACAAAGAUCCUGCUCCUUUUGGUCUACUACAAUGGGCGGGCUGCCCUGGUAGCCGGCUCGCUCUCUGCAUUCCUUGGCGCAACCCUCUUCUUCUUCGGACUUCUACCAGGUACCCUGCGAGGCUUUUCUCUCGAGAGCGCCACCUACCAGUUUGGCCCCUGGGCGCUGGGCUUCGGUUGCCUCGUGUCCUGCUUGGUGCUGCUGCUUUGGAAGCCUUCCGGAUCCGUGUUCAUGGAUCGGAUUUGCAUUCAUCAGAUCGAUGAGCAUCUCAAGUUAGCCGGGAUCUUGAGUAUUGGUGGCUUCUUGAAGCACUCCGAGUCCAUUCUGGUGCUUUUUGACCCAAGUUAUCCGACAAGGCUUUGGACCAUGUUCGAGCUUGCCGCUUUUUUGAAAGCUCAUGAGGAUGUUGCUGAUGGCUUGAUCAUCCGACCAACUUUCCUAGGACCUGCUGCAGUGGGACUGUUUGUUUUCGAUACUUUGCUCGCUAUCUGCAUCAUCCUCGCUAGCUAUGAAGAGAUAGAACUAAACAUUCUGGUGCUCGCGCUUGUGUUCUAUUUCAUCUUUGCUUCUGGCGGCCAUUGGCUGCGCGGCUAUUUCCGACAGAUUGAUGAAUGCUUGGACAAGCUCAAAAGCUUUAGCCUGAAGGAAGCCACCUCGCAGUGUUGCACCAUGAAUCAUCGAGAUAAUGAAGGCAACACCAUUCCUUGUGACCGAGAGACCAUCAGGGAAUGCAUUCGCACCUGGUUUGGCAAUGAAGAGGAGUUUGAGGCCGCAGUAAGGUCUCGAGUAUCUGCUGCCUUCAUGAGAAGUUUAGGGCAUUAUGCUAUACCCUUUUCCUGGUUCAUGGGGGCGAGCCUGCCCGUGUUGUGGGCUUACGUCGACUUCAUGGGCGCCAGGCUUCGCGAAGGGGAAUUGUUCUACUCCUUGGUGAGCUUCCUCUACACUUUGAUCGUUUGGUUGGGUUAUGGGCCUUAUGCCUACUUCAUCAGCCUCGUGUUUGCUUACACGCUUCGAAAGAGAUUUGCCAGUUGGUGCUUGGAUUGGACCGUGACUUUGCUUGGGACCUGCUUCAUGUUUUCCCUGGGCUGGCAUGCAUGCCAUGCAGCUGGUGCUGCUAACACAGGCAGGCGACUUGCUGGGAAUGAUCUUGUGGGGUGUCCUGGUGGUAUUGUGCGCUCUGUUUUGGCGAAGGCUUUGGUUCCGUGCCAUAGCGAAGAAGCACACAGAAGAAGCAUAGUUUCACAAUUUGAGAUCGUGGGCUGGGCACACAGACUUCCGGAAAAAGCUGCUGCUGCACACUCAAACUCAAUAUGA